AUGGCACAGCCCGGCACUGUGCUCAGCGUCUUCGCCGUGGUCCUGCACACCGCCCUGGGCGAAAGUGGUUGCACCUCAGCAGACGGUGAUGGGACUCUUGGGGAUGAUGAACCAGACAAUUUUGACAUUGACUGCUUCAGCCAGCUGGAAAUUAAGGACUCCUUUAGCAGCCUGACCUGCAAUUUCACCGAGCUGCCUCCUUACAACACUAACUACACCCUGUCGCUGUGUACCAAGGAAGACAACGAUUACGCCUGCUCCAGCAUGAAGAAACAGGAGGAUGUAUUCUUCAUACAGUUCAUUGAUAUACUCUCAAACAGAGAUGUUUGCAUGCACUCUGAGAUGAAGAGAAGGGUCUGCAGGAGUCUGGUUAUAACUGACAUUGUUAAGCCCGAAGUUCCAUUCGCUAUAAAUAUCACAUAUGAAAGGGAGGCAAAUGAAUAUCUUAUUCGUUACUGUACACCACACUCCAGGAAGAAAUACUUAAAGGACAAAUUAGUACACCAAGUAGCCUACCGGCAGAAAGAAGGUACCUGGAAGACAAUAGAGUCACCAUAUCUUCAGAUAAAAUUGCUGGGGCAAAACCUUGAAAAUGAAGCAUCAUAUGAGGUGAAAGUACGUUCUCAGCCCAAUGGAGAUUAUUUUAAGGGCACAUGGAGUGAAUGGAGCACUUCCAAGAGCUUCAGGACAGCAAGAGAGCAGCACUCCACAGAAAACUAUAGCAGUGUGGUCAUGGUUAUACUCUCCAUCCUGGGAUUCAUGCUGUCUGUUGCUAUGAUUGCACUGGUCGUAGUAUUUUGGGAAAACAGGAUCAAGCCUGCUGUAUGGCCAAACCUUCCUGACCAUAAAAAAACACUGGAGCAGCUAUGCAAGAAGCCAAAAAACAAUUUUGAUACAAGCUUUAACCCAGAGAGUUUUGGUUAUGUUCAUAUCCAUAAAGUGGAUGGGCUUUGGGCAAAAGCUGAACUGGAAAAUUUUCUGCAGUCAUCAACUGCUCCAGAGACAAGCCUUCCAGAAAAAUUCAGGAGUGGAUCAGACCUGAAGAUGAUCCCUGCAAUGGCAGACAAAACCAACCUAAACCUGCCAGUGUCUUAUGAAGCCCUGCACAGGCUCCUGGGCACCAGCCAGCGUGCAGCCACCGAGGGCAGCUGCAGCUGCAGCACCUAUGAGAUUUGCCACAGCAACAGGGUGCCCCAGCACAACGAUGGUUUCAGCCUUUCCUCCACUUGUCCACUGGAUCCUUCUGGCCAGCCCCAUCCAGACCCCCUAAAUGAUGACACUGUAUCCCAGAUGCUGCCUAACAGUGACAUGAGAUCACCAAACAAUGAGGAAGCCUAUGUCACAAUGUCCAGCUUCUACAAAAUUCAGUAAAUCUCACAAGAAUUA